AUGUUUACCCGCGUCCUUGCAACCGCCAUCAUCUCUCUUCUGGGAUCUGCUGUGGCUAUCCCUCGCCCAGAGGACUUUGUCCAUGAUGCUGGGAUCCAAAUGAAGCUCGACUAUGUCCCCAUAGAGCAAGGCAUCGAGGCCAUUGAUAUCUCUAACGCUACUCUUGGAGCCCGUGAAAACAUCUUCUUCCAGGGCAGGUUCUGGGAGAACAAGAACUUUGGGGGAGCCUCUAAGACGUGGGGCAUGCCUAACUUUGCUACCGGAUACUAUGUUGGCGACGGCUGGAAUGACAGAAUUUCUAGUCUCUCUCAGGGGUACCCCUCGGGGACUGGAGCCUUAUGCUGCAGAUGGUACAACGACUACGAUGGAUCGAAGUGUUAUGGUAGCUCUCUUAUUGUGACGGGAACAGGCUCUAUCAGCUAUGUCGGUGAUGCCCAAAACGAUCAAAUCAGCUGUGGUGCUUGCUGGCCCUGGACGGGGUCUUGUUAA